UUAGAACGUAGUGAAUUGCAUUGCAAUUGACAUUAGGACACAUUUGCUAAACAUCUUUCUAAAAUUAUAUUAUUUAUUAAUUCAAACUUCUCCAGCACCCAGAAAUACAAACUCCGAUAGAUGAAAAAGAUAUAAAAAAAUCUCUGAUGAUCUCUUUGCAGUCCAGUGUGCAAGAGUGUGAAAUAAAUGGAGAAAGAAAGUAUACAGCCAUGGUACAAAAAAAUAACAGUGGAACCUGUUAUGUUCUUCUAUAUGAUGGCAUUCAUGAUAACAAGUGUUAUAGAACAAACAUUUUAUGUAUUCAGAACAUGCACAGUGAAUCAUGGCUACAGUGCGGAUAUAUGUUAUAAUAUAAGCAAAUAUAGUGAUAUUAACAAAGAAGUUCAGGUGACGGUAUCUUUAUUCCACCAGUGGAACGGCAUCGCUGGUCACGUGGUGCCGUUGCUGUUGGCGUUCUUCCUCGGCAGUUAUAGCGAUAAACGCGGCAGGAAAGUGCUGCUGUGCGGUGGACUGCUUGGGAAACUAUUCUUCUCUUUGAUGAUCACACUCAAUACUGUAAAACAGUGGCCAGUGGAGUAUGUGAUAUAUACAGCAACAUUCCCUAGCGCCUUGACAGGGGCGGACUUAUCUAUAUUUGCUGGGUGCUUCGCCUACAUCGCGGAUGUGACUACGCUUGAGAGCAGGACACUAAGAGUGGGGAUUUUGGACGUUGUCUACUUAAGCACUAUGCCUACUGGAGUAGCUAUUGGUAACUUAUUAUACACAAAAGUGGUAAAUAGAUCAUUCACGGCAAUGUUCGCAAUCAAUUCUUGCCUGAUGAUUAUUGCCACAGUGUACAGCUUUCUGUUCCUCAACUGGCAGACCAGGCCUGAACAGAAGUCCUUGAGAGAAGCUGGUGUCAAAAAUCCUAUUGGGGACUUCUUCGACUUUAACAAUAUCAAACAGACAAUAGUGACACUGACAAAGAAAAGACCAAAUAACAGAAGAAUGUUUUUAUGGUUCCUGCUAAUUUCUAUGGCGUUCUAUACAUUCCAAAGAGAUAAUUGUAAUGCUGGGUGCCUUCGCUCAUAUGACUGGACAUUUUAUAUACGCUCAUGCGAAGGCUGAUUAUACGAUGUAUAUUGGAGCGACAGCUGCCGCUUUAGGACCCUGUGUAGCUCCUUUGAUAAGGUCAAUGACCUCCAAGGUCUUACCGCCGGCAGAACGAGGGGUGGCGUUUGCCUUUUUGUCUGUAAUGGAGAACGCGGUGGCAAUGUUUGCUUCGGUGAUUUAUUCUCAACUGUACAAUGCUGUUCUCGAUACGCCAUACAUAAACUCCAUAUUCUACCUCACUAUGGGCACACAGGCUGUUGUACUGCUACUAUCUUUGACAAUGGAAUUGAUGCUUAAAGGAAGAAGGCUAGAGUCGCGUCUGGAUCAGGACUUGGGUUCUCAGUGAUAUUAGAGAAACUUUAGACACGACGCAUUUUGUGACGUCAUUCAUGAUUUACACGUAUAACAAUGUAUUGCAAGACAAGUGUUAAAACGAAACUUAUCAUGAAAACAAAUUGCAUGAUAUAAUUAUAUAGGUAGAUUUUGAUUGUAGGGAAGUUUAUGUCGUAGUAGUAAUUUCAACGAGAUAUGUUUGUUUUACGCAUUAGUUUUGGCGCUGGUAGUAAUGAAUUAAAUGACUAAAUAGUCAACUAUAUUAAUAUGUUGUCAAAUAGCUUACACAUAAUUUCUAAAAAAGUCAAGUCUGACGUCACAAAUUGUAUAUUCUAUAGCAAUGUCAUAGACCAAUAGACAAAAUAAGACGGUUGUGAAACAAGGGCUGUGACAUUUGCCGUAAAUAAAACAGUAGUUUAGUUCCUAUAAGUUUAUUCAGAUAAAAUAUGUAAUGACUAUUUUACUAGUUUGCAUUUACUUCCAAUGUAGACUCGGAUACUAUUUCGUAUUGAUUUUAGUUUUUGUAGCGCCAACUCGAAUCCAUUUUCGUCGAAUGUUAUCAUAUUACAUACCAAUAUAGUCCUUAAUAUCAAUUAAGUAUUUUUGAAUAACAUUUGUUUUAUUAUUGAAUUUAACUUUUGUUUUAAUUAUUAUUGCUUGACAAUUAAUACCACUCGAAUAACUGUUCUCAAAUAUAUUUCAAACAUUGUUUUAGGUGUUAAAACAGAGGCCACCUUGCAAGUAAAUGUUCACUUUACAGAUUAUGCUAAAUCGGUUAUAGACACACAGAAUGUCAAUUGUGAAAAUCCAUUAAUCGCUAUUUUAACGUGUAUUAUAGAGUGUAAGAGAAAUUUUAAAAGGAAAUUAUUAUACAAUUGUUUCAAUACAAAAA